GUGGACGUGUCAUUCGCGGACGGCUCGUUGGCGGCGUUGCGCAGGCUCUUUCUCGCGAAAAGUCCUAUUGGAGUGUUACUAAUGAACAAAAGUUGAAUGGUUUUGGCCGAAUUGAUCAGUUAAUAUAUUAGUUAGGGUAGUUAAUUCGCAAUAAAUCAAAAUGGGAAUCAAAUUCCUCGAAGUUAUAAAGCCGUUUUGCAGUAUAUUGCCAGAAAUAGCAAAACCAGAAAGAAAGAUCCAAUUCCGUGAGAAAGUAUUAUGGACUGCAAUCACACUAUUUAUUUUCUUAGUAUGUUGUCAGAUCCCACUUUUCGGUAUAAUGUCGUCAGACAGUGCGGAUCCAUUCUACUGGAUCCGUGUGAUCCUUGCGUCAAAUAGAGGAACACUUAUGGAACUCGGUAUAUCUCCCAUCGUCACGUCAGGCCUGAUCAUGCAGCUGUUAGCCGGAGCAAAAAUCAUAGAAGUUGGUGACACACCCAAGGACAGAGCAUUGUUUAACGGUGCACAGAAAUUAUUCGGUAUGGUGAUCACAGUGGGUCAGGCCAUCGUGUACGUAAUGACAGGCAUGUACGGUGAACCAAGUGAGAUUGGUGCCGGUGUCUGUCUGCUCAUCAUCAUCCAACUGUUUGUUGCCGGUCUUAUUGUGUUGCUGCUCGAUGAACUUUUACAAAAAGGAUAUGGUCUUGGCUCUGGUAUCUCCCUGUUCAUUGCCACAAACAUUUGCGAGACUAUCGUCUGGAAGGCAUUCUCUCCUGCAACCGUUAACACUGGUCGCGGCACUGAGUUCGAAGGUGCAGUGAUAGCGCUGUUCCACCUGCUGGCCACCCGACCGGACAAGGUUCGCGCUCUGAGGGAAGCCUUCUACCGCCAGAACCUGCCCAACUUGAUGAACUUGCUCGCCACAGUCCUCGUGUUUGCUAUCGUCAUAUACUUCCAGGGCUUCCGCGUGGACCUACCCAUCAAGUCUGCGCGCUACCGUGGACAGUACUCUUCGUACCCAAUCAAACUUUUCUACACUUCCAACAUACCUAUCAUUCUGCAAUCUGCGCUCGUUUCUAACCUUUACGUUAUCUCACAGAUGUUAGCUGUGAAAUUCAGCGGCAAUUUCCUAGUGAACCUCCUCGGAGUGUGGGCUGACGUGGGCGGCGGCGGCCCUGCCCGCGCCUACCCCGUCGGAGGCCUGUGCUACUACUUCAGUCCCCCGGAGUCGCUCGCGCACAUAGCCCACGAUCCCGUACAUGCUGUACUGUACAUCAUCUUCAUGCUGGGCUCCUGCGCUUUCUUCUCAAAGACCUGGAUCGAUGUUUCUGGAUCUUCCGCUAAGGAUGUCGCCAAGCAACUGAAGGAACAACAGAUGGUGAUGCGCGGUCACCGAGACAACUCGAUGAUCCACGAGUUGAACAGGUACAUCCCCACGGCGGCCGCGUUCGGCGGGCUCUGCAUCGGCGCUCUCUCAGUGCUGGCCGACUUCCUCGGCGCCAUCGGCUCGGGCACUGGUAUCCUGCUCGCCGUCACCAUCAUCUACCAGUACUUCGAGAUCUUCGUCAAGGAGCAAGCCGAGAUGGGCGGCAUGAGUACAUUACUCUUCUAAAAUCAUAAUAGUCGUCGCCGCAGACAGCGCUGUGUUCACAGUUUUUAUUUCGCGGUCCGUAGCGCUCUCUACGACGCCCUUGUAGUGUGCGUGGCAACGCGUGUGUGGGUUAUGUGCUAAUUUAUAUAAAUGAACUUUAUAAUAAAAUAAUUUACAAGUA